AGAGCAGGAGGCACCAGCAGGGAGGAGGCUGAAAUGCGGCCGAACUGGUCUGAUGGGAACUCAAAGACGCACAGAGAGAGCCAGGGUGAGACAAGCCUGUCAGUCAGGUGGAUUUCGAAGCAGUCUGGUUGGAAUUAAGAGAAUGACAUAUCUGUGUUUGUGUUGCUGAGCGUGAGACUGGAUUGUACCUGACUGAGAGGGGCCCUGUGGACUCCCAGCACCACCAUUAACACCAACACAAUAACACCAGCAGCAGACUUGACAGAGUGGAAUUUCCCUCCUCUCUUCUGGCUGGAGUUGGGGGCAGAUGGUCGCUCUGAGAGUUUGAGCAGAUCUCAGGAAGGAGAGUGAGAGGAAGGGUGGGAGGAGGUCCAGAAAGGGAGAGGAAGACAGGCGAGGAGUGGACAGAAGAAGAAACAUGCUUCGCUACGGCUCAGGACGAAACGUUUCCACCACCACCACCACCACAGAGGACUCUCCAGAGUCUUCAAGUGAGAGGAGGAUCAGGCGCCUCAGGUUAACUCUGCACGCCGUUGAUAAUGGAAACAAGGAGGCAACCAAUACAAACUCAGACACAGCUGGGAAAGAGAAGGAUGUCAGUGCGACCUGGAAGAAGAAAAAUGGGAUGAUACAAAGAGAGAGGCCAGCAGGCAGGGAGUCACCUCAGCAGCACCUCGGGGACAUGACCAAUGGGGCGCCAGAGACCUCGCUGCAGCAUCAUGGACCCAAAGUGUAUGGCAUCGUGCAGAGGACGGGCUCAGACAGUCGGCAGGAGGUGAUGGCACGGGAGUGGACGGUCAAUCACCUUCAGGAUGAGAUGAAGUACAUCCGGGAGGUGAGAGAUUCUUUGGAGAAGGUGAGAGAGAGGAUGUACGGACAGUUUGGAGGAAUGCAGCAAUCAAUGCAGAAGCUUUCACAGGAAAUCAGGACUGCCAAUUCCCAUCGAAGGAGUCUGGAGUCAGAGGUGAAGGUCCGGACGCAGGCCAUGGAGAGUUUUGAUCAGAUGAACAGCUCGCUCAUAUCUGCAAACAUUGGCCUGCAGAAAUCUCUACUGGAAAACUGUCAGAACAGAGUGGACAAGAGGGACGAGAUGAAACAUUUGCGGAGCACCUAUGAGAAAGCACAAGAGAAACUCAGAGACAAGGAGAACGAGCUGGCUGCUGCACAGGCCGAGAACGAGACUUUAAGACUGCAGGUGGAGUCCUCACAGGAAGCCAGCACUCAGGCCCUGCGGGAGCUCUCAGCAAAGCUACAGCGUGAAUACGAGGAAAAACUGCAGGAGGAACAACGGAAACACAGGGAGGAAAUUGAAAACCUACAGGCACAACUCGAUGAAUACAUCAGGAGACUAGAGGAGGCAGAGAGGAACAUCAAGAUAGCAGAAGAGAAGAUUGCUGAUAGAGACCAGAGGAUCAUUGAACUGGACCGUCUGCUCGACUGUAUGGGAAAGGAAAAGUCACAACUCAACCAGAAGCUGCGAGACUGUGAGCAGCGUAUUCGCUUGUUGGAGCUGACAGACACGACAGAUUCUACUGUUGUCAAAAGGUCCAAAGAGCUUCAAUCUGAAAGUUUAGAACUCCGUGAGAGAAUCAAACAUCUGAACGACAUGGUGUUCUGCCAACAGAGGAAAGUCAAAGGAAUGAUCGAGGAGGUUAACACACUGCGCUCUCAAGUGGCUCAGAAGGACAUGUUCAUCUCAGAGCUCCUUGACAGGAUUGCGAUCGUGGAGUGUGAGAAUAAUGAAUUAGAAGACAAGCUGAAGUAUUUUAUGUCCACACAGAAUAGACCAAGGGAUUUUUUCGAAACCAGGGAGAUAGGAUUAGGCUGCAAUCUGCUCCCCAGAAAUGAAGCAGAAAGGCUAGAUGUUGAACUUCUUAGUCAAAGUGAACCAUCGCAUCUCCAUUCUUUCAUGCACCAACCACCAAUGAGACUUCCAUCACUAACUGAAGCUCCAUCUCUACCUGAGCCCUCAUCUCCCACUCAUCCUUCAUCUCUUAAUCAACCAUCACCACCACCUCAUCAACCUCCAUCUCUACCAAAACCCUGGCAACCACCUCAAACUCCACCUCUACCAAAACCCUCACCACCACCUCAACCUCCACCUCUACCAAUACUAUCACCCCCUCCAUCCCCAUCUCUACCAAAACCAUCACCACCUCAAUCCCCAUCUCUACCAAAACCCUCACCACCUUCAUCUACAUCAUCCCCCACAGAACCUUUACCUCCCUCUUUUCCCUCAUUCCUCCAGCCACCUCCUUCAUCUCCUAUUCAACAUCCAUCCCUCUACCUGACAUCACCCAUCAAACCCAGGACUUUCAGGGCUAACCCCCCGCCCAGCAGGCUAGAGUCCAGUUUACUGAGGUACACUCCUGUUGAAUACAGCCGUUAUCUGGAGUCCAACCCUACAGUAAUGAGCAGGACAUUGCCCUACACUCGUCAGACUGACUCUGAGCCUUCAGUGAGUCGAGUCGAGUCCAGAGAUGAGGUGGAUGCAAAAACAGACAAUCCAUACAGUCCAGAGGAAUCUACUUCAUUCUCAUUCCCUAAUCGACCACGAUCAAGGACACCCCAGACUUACACCCCGUUUAUGAAGCUCAUGGAAAUAACAGCAAACAUAAAUAUAGAGGGAUCCCUAAGUGAUUCUCUAACAGUGAUGUCCUCAUCGUGGACAGAGCCUCAGGGACAGGUGGGAGACCUGAGACACAAGAGUCAAGAAGAGCUCCUGGAACUGCUCCUGAGACAGGAGAAGAUACUCUCGAACAGGAGUUUGAUACAGACUCUUCCAGACAAAGGAAAAAAGAUAAAAGAAUUUGCAGAGAAAGUGCACCUUGCCAUUGAGCUCCACGAUGAAGAGGAGAGGCGACAGAGCUUGGUGUCUGCUGCCAGGACAGAGCUGCAGUCCAAAUACAAGCAGGCCUUCACUAUGCAACAGCGUGCUUACCCCAACGCACCCGCUGCCUUACACCAGAACAGGCAAAGUGAGGGCGCUGCAGGCGAUGCCACACGGGACAGGGUGAGCUCUCCUGCCUCAGCUCACACACAUGAAAAUGACACUUUGGACGAGCAACAGGACCAGUUUGUCUCCAGAGAGGCUGCUGAGGAAACCAUGGAGACGGCUGCUGCUGGGGCCCCUCUGAACUCUGAUGGAACAAAAGAGGGUGACCUUGUGGAGGCCUUGGGGAGGGUCAGACUAUCUGAAACUAGUACUGGUUUCAAUGGCAAGUCCAAAGACCCAAUAAACAGCACAGCAAGAGACUUACAAAAGGAGAUACCAAAAAAGCCUCACUAUGUCACCAUCCUGGAAAAAAACGACAACAUUUCAGCUCCCAGGAGGCAAAAAUUCAAACCAAAUCAGCUGCCCCUCAGAAAUAACAUCUCUCCGUCAGGAUCCUCAUCACCCAGCCAGUCCUCUGAAGGCUCCUCACCGCUCUCCGCUCAGGCCAGAAGGGAGCGGGACAGAAAACACCUGGAUGACACCACAUCAGCCAGACUACCUCCUCUCAACCACAGUCCUGCCCAGCUCCUGUCACUAGAAGAGUCGGCUGUCCUCGUGAAGGAACAAACUAAGAAGCAGCAGGAGUUACAGGCCAAGCUGGCCGCCCAGAAACUGUCUGAGGGAUUGAAGCUCUCUAUGGGGAGCUACACUCCUGACGGUGGCCCCAUGGCUGCCUACAGAGAGGUUCACGAUGAAGGAGCCCAGCUCUCCUCAGAGGAGGACUGAUCCUGGAAGGCCAGAUCUGGGGAAACCACAGUGACCUUGGCCCUGAGGAAAACAGGCUUUGGACCUCGCAAUCAGGAGCCAUCAAACAGGAUUUUCACUCCAAGGACAAGAAUUCUUAAGAGAGGAAAAGAGUCUUUGCAUGGUGUGAAGGCAAAGUUUGUAUCCCAGACUCAGCUCAGGAAACUGAAAGGCAGGUUGAGAAACUAGCUUGCUUAAUUAACAUUAAGCUGUAUUUGGUUCAUUUGUUCAAUCUCCUGAAUGAAUUAAAGUACCUGCUGUUGACAGGGGUCCACAACUCGAAGAAUGCCUCAUGAGAGAAAUGUAUCUUAUCAGUAAACAGAAACAGCCGAUGUCAUGGCUUUUGAACCUGAGUGUUUUGGAGGUUUAAAAUCUAUCAGUGUGUUAUCGCUCAUAAGCACUUAAAGCUCAUCAGCUAGUAGACUGUUCUGGCACGAAGACGACUGUUACCAACUUUGUUAAGAAAAUCCACAUAAGCCUGCAGAUACAUGCGACAGAUUUAAUAUGAAAGAAAAUGUAACAGGAUGACACAAAUAUAUCAGCUUCUCCAGACUGUCGUGUUUUUAUAGUGUUUUUUAAAAUUCCUGUCACUGUGAAGUACAGGGAGGAGCUUUUUCAGUGCACAUUAAACAGAUGUGUAAGAUGUUCUUUAUCUUCUGUUCACUGAAAGCAUCAGGGACUUUUUUUAAGUGUGUUAAUUUCCCUUUACAAUGAAGUUUCUUACGUUUUCUUUCUUAUCUCCAAAGAGAUGAAUCAUAACAUAUAAUAAAAAUGAUGAAUUCAUUAAUACUAUACCUUUUAAAACGGAGUUUUGAAGGCAGUUCAAUGAAUCCAAAAGGCCACUGAACUUUUUGUUUUGUCGUUUAUUAAUUUGCAACCAUCUGUAUGUUUAUUUUUGUAAAUGAGAAGCAAAACAUUGUAAUAAAUGAAACUUUAGAGUA